UUGAUAGAGAAAUAGUUGUCCAGUCUUCAGGGAAUGAUGGCAUGUGUGGGAUGUCCCUUCAAGUCGGCCAACAGUAUGUAAUUAUGGGUCAUAGAAGCGGAAGAAAGAAGAUGUUUGGAUUUUGUGACUUUGUAAAGAGAACAAGUGGUUUGUCUUUUGAAGAAACGUUUUUCCUAUUUACCAAUGGUCCAUAUUCAUACUUGAAAAACUGCAAAAAUGGAUGUGAUGACAUAAGCGAUAGAUCUAAGGGGUGCCACUUCUCACAUGAGAACUAUGCUGCCGUUGAUUGUUUAUCUGGGUCAGCAUUAUGCCGUAAGGAGAAAAACGUCUGUAAAUGGUAUAAUGCGGAGAAAUGUCCAUCAAUAACAACGCGACCAACAUCUCGGACAACACCGUUAUAUCGUCCGCUACCAGUCAUGCGUCGUUAA